AUGGGGCAGAUCGACGAGGACGCGCCGUGCGAGUUCAGGGCCGACGACGUCAUGCGCAUCGCCAGGCCUGCUGUGCGCAGGGCCCACAGCAUCGCCAUGGGCAGCGCCGGCCUCGCCGCCCACGCUGGGUACAAGGCAGGAACCUGCCGCUCUUGGCGUGCUGCCUUCUCCUCAUACCCAUCUAAAUCCACAUUAUGCACCUUGAUCCCGUCUCACCUCGUCCAGCCCCAUAUCACUGUCCAUGCUCCUAAUCUACCCUCCAGAAGUGACGAUGGUCACAAGCUCGGCACGUGCCAGGUCGUUGAUCCAGCCAACAUGAAAAGUACCCUUCGCUACCAGGUUCCUGAAGAGACAUUUGAGAAGUUGUGCAUUGCCGGCUCUUCCUAUGGCCAGCUGAUUUGUGGAUGUGGCAGAAAUUGUCUUAUCAUGGAUGUGUUCACUGGUGCCAAAGUUUUUUCUCCACAGCUCCCAUUUACCAACAACACUUAUUUGUACUGUGGCAUGCUGACAACUCCCCUUGCAUCACCAAACUCACACCUCCUAGUUUGCGCGCUACCAGAAAAGAGCAGUCCGUUCCUGCUUGAUUGGCUGAUUGGAAGUGAUUUUUGGUCAAAACUACAGCUCAAUCUUAAUGAUUCAGUGAUUAUGCAGAUUGUGGAGUUCAAUGGUCAGUUCAUCACGAGGGACAACUACCACAGGCUCUACACUCUGUCCUUGGCCCCCCCAACUUGCUUGAGCCUCGCAUCAUAUGGAGCACCUGUCAACUACAAAGCCUACUGCCUGGACAUGUCCACUGAGCCUGCAACAUGGGUGGAGGUGGUGAAGCUGGAGAAUGAUGCCCUCUUUAUGGGGCGUGAUGUGAGGAGCCCAGCAUUCUCUUGUAUGAGCCCAGGACGAUGGGGCGAGAGAAACAACUGCCUGUACUAUGCCCAUGACAGUCAAUCCUGGGUCUUGCAUGGGAUGGGUCAUGAUGCAGAUGUAGUUUGGGAUGAUUCCACUGACCCUGACCUUGUGUACAGCAGGGGCCUGUGCCUCAAGCUUCAGCCAUUCUGGGUGUACCCGAGCAUGUUCUACUUAGAUGGACAAUGA